AUGUGCGUUGAUGUGGCAGCACUGAUAGGUAGUGAUAGGCUGCACUGAUGAGGUGGCACUGGUGGGCAUUGAUGAGGAGGCAAUUAUGCAGGGGCGGACUGACAACUCAUGGGGCCCCGGGCAAUAGGGGAUCAUGGGGCCCCUGUGUCCUUGCCCAAACUCAAAAAAGCCUAUGAAAAAGGUACCAGGGGCAUCUCAUGGGGCCCCCUACUGACCACGGGCCCUUGGGCAGUGCCCGAGUUUCCAAAUGGUCAGUCCACCCCU